AAGAAAAAAGAAAAAGAAAAGCAGAACUAGAAGAUGGCCGAGGUUGCUACUGUUGCUGCUACUGCUGCUGGCAAGGUUACAGGGACCCUGUUUGCUCUAAUUUUAAACCCAAUUUGGAACAAAAUCACACGUGUCUUCAAGUUGGAGGCUAAUGUUAAGAAUUUGAAGGAAAAUGUUUGGAAGCUGAAGGCUGAAAAGGAGAGAGUGCUGCAAUUUAGGGAUGACGCUGACAGAUGUGGGAAAGAGGUAACACUAAGGGUCAACAAUUGGCUGACUAGCUCAGACAAGUACAUUGGAGAAAUGGAGAAGUUCGAGAGUGACACUGACAAUGCAAAGAAGUGUUUCGCCAGGGUGUGUCCUAAUCCCAAGGGCCGUUACCAAAUUAGCAAGAAAGCAGAGGAGUAUUUGGAGGCCAUUGCUCAACUCCUUGAAGAAGCGGCCAGAUUCAAGAUCCCAGAUUCUUAUUUUGCUCCUUCACAGAAGAUAUCUACGACACCUGUUCAAGGUUAUGAGGAAUUUGGAACAAGAACGUCUAUUUUGAAUGGUAUUAUGGAGGCCUUGAGAAGUGCUAGUGUUGACAAGAUAGGUGUGUAUGGGAUGCCUGGUGUGGGCAAGACCAUUUUAGCCCAAGAGGUUGCCAGACAAGCAGAGGAAGCCCAGUUAUUUGACUCAAUAGUUAUGGCUUCUGUGAAUAAGAAUCCAGAGUUGAAAAGAAUUCAAGGAGAAAUUGCAGAUAAAUUAGGUCUACAGCUUCAUGGGGAGACUGAAUUUGGGAGGGCCUGUCAACUAAAGGCAUAUUUGAAACAGAAGAAGAGGAUUCUUGUGAUUUUAGAUGAUAUCUGGACGAGACUAGAAUUGGAUAAACUUGGAAUUCCUUUUGAGGUCAAGAAGAAUGAGGCAAGUUCAACUGGAGAAGAACAGCUGCAAUGCAAGAUUCUAUUCACAUCUAGAUUUCUCAAUGUUUUAUCAUCUGACAUGCGUACUCAUAAAGAUUUUGAAGUUGGCCGAUUACAAGAUGAAGAAGCAUGGGAGCUUUUCAAGAAGAUAGCUGGAAAUGAAAUUGAAAAGUCUGACUUGCAGCUUACAGCAAUGGAAAUUACCAAAGAAUGUGCUGGAUUGCCCCUGGCUGUGGACACACUUGCAACUGCUCUAAAAUGUAGGAGUUCUCAUGCAUGGAGGGAUGCUUUGCGAGAACUAAAAAGGCCCUCUCCAAGUAACUUUGAAGGCAUAUCAGAAAAUGUUUAUCGGGCCAUAGAAAUGAGUUACAAGCACUUAGAAAGAAAAGAUCUCCAACAAACUUUCUUGCUUUCUAGCUUGUUGGGACACAAUGCUUCUAUUGAAGACUUGAUGAAAUAUGGUAUUGGCUUGGACUUGUUCCAUAAUGUCAUGACCACAGGAGAAGCACGAGACAAAGUACUAACAUUGGUUAGUAAUCUAAAGUCCAGUUCUUUACUGCUCAAUGGUUGUGACGAUAUUCAUUUUGACAUGCAUGAUAUUGUACGUGAUGUUGCCAUAUCAAUUGCGUCAAGGGACCACCACGUCUUAUCAUUAAUAGAUGACAAUGUACCGAGAGAGUGGUCAGAAAGGGGAGCAUUGGAAGGUUUCAAAUGGAUUAGCCUACAAUAUGCCAAUAUCAGUGAGCUCCCUGAUGAGUUGGAAUGUCCACAGCUUACCUUAUUUUGUUUUUGCAGCAAGGAUCCUUUUAUGAAAAUUCCAGGGAGCUUCUUUCAGAGAACAGAAGAACUCAGAGUCUUGAAUUUCAGUAAAAUGCAUUUCUCAUCUUUGCCUUCAUCAAUUUGCCUCCUAAAAAGCCUUCAUACAUUACAUGUGAAUGAAUGUGUUUUGGAAGACAUUGGUAUUAUUGGAAAGCUAAUGAGUUUGAAAGUCCUUAGCCUUUCAGGCUGUGAUAUUGAAGAGCUGCCAAUGGAAAUUAGGCAAUUAACCCAGCUAAAGCUGUUAGAUUUGAGUGAUUGUGCCAAACUCAAAGUGAUUCAACCCCAUGUCUUAGCAAGUUUGUCGAGACUAGAAGAAUUAUAUCUGGGAAACAGUUUCAAUCAAUGGGGCAUUGGAGAAAAUGGAAAUCAAAGAAAUGCUAGCCUUGCUGAGUUGAAGGAUUUGCAUAACCUGGCUGCUUUAGAUGUACAUGUAUGUGAUGUCCAGCUUAUUCCAGAAGACUUGUUUUCUGAAAGAUUGAAUAGAUACAAGAUUUUCAUAGGGGAGAUGUGGAAUCACUGGGACAGUUCCUUCAAAAGCUCAAAAAUAUUGAAGCUGGAGCUGAAUAGCUUUAAUUAUGAUCAUUCAAUUGGCAUGUUGUUGAAGAAAACAGAAGAACUACAUCUAAAAGAAUUGACAGGUUUCAAGAAUGUAGUUUAUGAGUUGGAUGCUGAAGGUUUUCAGAAAUUAAAGUAUCUCUGCGUCCAAAAUGCUGCAGAGGUUCAACAUAUCGUCAAUUCAGUGAAGUGGGUUCUUUGCCAUGCAUUUCCUGUCUUGGAAUCACUUCUUCUUCUUAAUUUGAAUAAUUUGGUGACAAUAUGUCAUGGCCAGCUUGGAGCAAUGUCUUUUAGCAGAUUAAGAAUUAUAACGGUUGAAUGUUGUAAUCAGCUGAAGAAUUUGUUUCCAUUUUCUAUAGCUAGGUGGCUUCUCCAACUCAAAGAAAUUAGAGUAACAGACUGCAGCAACAUGGUGGAGAUUGUUGAUAAGGAGGGCCAAGGGACCAGUAACAAUAUUGUAGAAGCAAAUGAAAAUUUUGAACUUGUCCAGCUACGGUCCUUGAAAUUGGAAUAUUUGCCCAAAUUUAUUAGCUUAGGCCAUGGAAAUGAAGAAUCAAAUAAUUCAAGCUCCAACAGUACCAAUCCACUUUUCGAUAAAAAGAUUGUCCUUCCAAACCUGGAGGAGUUGCAAUUGUCCUGGAUUAAUAUUAAGAGUAUAUGGAGCAGCCGGCUUUCAGUAACAUCUUCUUGUAUACAGAAUCUGACAAGAUUGAUCAUUGAGGGCUGUGAUCAUUUGGAACACCUAUUGUCAUUUUCCAUGGCCAAAAAUCUUGUACAGCUUAGAUGCCUUCAAAUAAAGAAAUGUAAGAUGAUGAAGGAGGUAAUUGAACCAGAGAAUGCAGAAGAAAUGGAAGAUUUGAUUUCAUUCCCGAAGUUAGACAUCCUAAAUAUAGAAAAUCUUGAAAACCUUACAAGAUUCUGCUCUGGAAAUUGUAGUGUUGAAUUCACAUCCUUGAAGCAAUUGUUUAUCAAAAAUUGUCCAGAAUUGAAGGGUUUCACUGUCAAUCACACCAGCACAGAUAUCACAGGUGGAUUAGAACCCCUCUUUAAUGAAAAGGUUACUUUUCCCAGCUUGGAAAUAUUGAGGAUCUUUCAAUUGGAGAACUUGAGGAUCAUAUGGCACCACCAACUGCCUGCAGAUUCAUUCUGCAAACUCAAAUCAUUGUCCAUUUUAAGUUGUGAGAGAUUAUUGACUAUUUUUCCAUCUGAAAUACUUGAAAGAUUAUGCACAUCAUUAGAGGAGUUGGAGGUAUCUCUUUGUGGUUGUUUAGAAGAGAUAUUUGAUCUUGGAGAAUUAAACAUUGAAGAGUCACACACUGUAGUAGACAGCCAAUUAAGACAUUUGUCUAUUUGCCAGCUACCAAGAUUGAAGCAUAUUUGGAGCAAGGAUCCCCAAGGAACUCUCACUUUUCAGAACCUGCAGUCUGUGAAAGCUGUGAGUUGUCUGAAUCUUCAAACUCUGUUUCCAGCUUCAGUAGCUUUGGGCCUUUGGCAACUUCAAAAGUUGGAAUUAAUAGGAUGUGGGAUAGAGCAAGUUGUGGCAUUUGGAGAAGACACAGAAGUUCCUAGAUUUUUGUUUUCUAAUUUAUCUUCUCUUGGACUGUGGUAUCUACCAAGAGUCAAAUAUUUCUAUCCACUGAAACACAAAAUAGAGUGGCCUAUGUUAAAAAAAUUCAGUGCAUUUCAUUGCGAAGGAGUUAAAGAAACAAAUGCAGAGAGCCUUGGCAAAUUCCCUGUUCAGCUACCACUUUUCUCCAUACAGAAGGUCAUUCCUAGGUUGGAGAAACUGUCCUUAACAAGUGAUGACAUUGCAAUGAUAUGCAAUGGCCAAUUUCAAGGAGACAUCUUUUCCAAAGUUAGAGUUCUUCGUGUUCUUUGUUAUCAUGAUGAGUCACUGGUUUUUCCAAUCUUCUUCCUUGAAAGAUUCUGCAAUUUAGAAAAGCUUCAAAUAACUUGUUGUAAUUUCAAGGAAUUGCUCCCUUCUGUAGCAUCCAUUGAUUGUCAGAAGAAGGAUGUGGGAAGGGACUUACGUAUUAGAAAGUUGAAGCUGACUGUACUUUCUCAUCUGAAGUAUAUAUGGAGCAAAGACUCAGGACUGAGCCUAUUUCAAAAUGUUGAAUCCCUUAAAGUGGAGCAAUGUGAUAGCUUGGUUAGCAUAUCAGAAUCUAAUGCAUCUUUUCGAAAUCUGACCACUUUGUCAGUAUAUAGAUGUCAAGUGUUAAGAAACUUGUUUUCAUUCACUACAGCUCAAAGUCUGGCACAACUUCAAGCUAUGACUGUAUCAGAAUGCCACUUGCUGACUGAAAUAGUGGGAGACGAAGGGGAUGGAUUAGAGGAUGUGGUUGUUUUCAGUAAAUUAAAAGUUUUAGAACUCAAGUCCUUAACAAGACUUGCUAGCUUCUGUUUAGGAAAUUUCACUUUCAAGUUCCCAUUGUUAGAACAAGUAACAGUUAUUCAAUGUCCCAACUUUGAGACCUUCUGUCAUGGAGUCCUGAAGACUCCAAGGCUGCAGAGAAUACAAUUAACAGAUGGAGAAGAUUUGGGGCGUCCAGUGGUUGAGCUGAAUAACACCAUAAAUCAUUUAUAUAGAGAAAUGGUAUGAAUUGAGCUCUAACUAUAGUUUUCUUCCUGGCAUGUUUUUUAUCCUUUCAUUAACGUAAG